AUGAGUGUUCAACUUAUAACUACAGCUCAAGAGCUUUUGAAUAACAUACCACUGAACGUGAUAUCCCAAGGGGCGGAGGCAAUAGUUUUUGAAACUCAAACCCAUCCAUUUCUGCCAAAGUCAAACCAGUCGCCAACUACAAAAUUUAUCAUAAAGUAUAGACCAAGAAAACCAUACCGUCACCCCACACUGGAUCUUCAGAUAGUUAGUUCAAGAACUCAGAGUGAAGCCAGAUUGCUUCAUAAACUAUAUCAACUUGGAAUCAAAGCUCCCAAAUUAAUAGCGGUGGAUGGUCCUAAUGGUAUCAUAUGGAUGGAAUCCGUUGGAGGAACGCUACCGAAUGGAGAGACAAGCUCGUUGAAAAACAUGCUAUGGUUCAAGGAGAAAUCCCAAGAAGAACGAGAAGAUCAAAGGAAUGAGCCAAAUAUUGCUUUAGAUGAUGAAGUCAAAGACAUAAUGUCCAAAGUGGGAGGUGCUGUUGCAAAAUUGCAUCUUGCAAACAUAGUUCAUGGUGAUUUGACCUCAUCCAAUAUCAUCUUGGAUCAGCAUAACGAUAAAUGGGAGCCAAUGCUCAUAGACUUUGGUCUAAGCUCGUAUUCUUUAUUGGCAGAAGACGAGGCAGUUGAUUUGUAUGUUCUUGAGCGAGCAUUGAUCAGUACUCAUCCCAUUUAUUCCAAGUCGUACAAUGAAUGGCUACUUCAAGGAUAUGAGAGGACUUUCAGGGAAGCAGCGGCGUCAAAGAAGUUUACAGAAAUAUCCAGAAGGUUGCAAGAUGUUCGUCUAAGAGGGCGUAAACGUAGUAUGUUGGGUUAG